AGAGGCAAAUCAGCCAAUAAGAAUAGACGAAGCUGCUUGUGAUCAUUAGCUUUAAAAACUCAGUGGGAAUCGUAAUGAAAGCAGUUUUUUGUGAUAAAAUUUAAACUAUUUUUAAAACUGCUAAAUCAUCUUUUUCGUUCCAGAACAAAAUCAUUUAAAGUUUCCAACUUCAAAAAAAAGUUGGUUUGAGCACUUGCGAACAAAAAUUCACAUUGAUUGUUAUGAAAACUUUGCACCAUAGCUGUAGAAUUUGCAAGUAAACAAAAAGUCCUCGACAUAUUUCUUAUGAUAAUCGAGCUACUAAGUUUUAAUUUUGAAUUCUAGCGAAACUAGGUUAUCUUUUGAAAACAACUUUCUCUUUACAGUUGCGUAAUCAUUUGUUUAUUGUUAUCUGGAUCAAAAAGCCACAACAAACCAGUUAAACUGUUAAAAUACCUGGUCCAAAAGAUAUGUCAAGCCUUUCUUACCUGUCUGCGACUAAUCACCGGAACUUGCUUGAGUAAUUUUCGUCUCGUUUUCAUUAUUACAUGUCAAUUCAAGAAUUUUCGUAUCAUAUUGUUUGUACCAAAUUUAUAGAUCAUUUCUCACUAAUUAUUAAUUCAGCAGCCGAUACAUCCCGUGUGCGUGAUUUACCUGCUACUCUUUAAUUGAAAAAUAUUUGCGAUCAAACUUAUUUUUCUAUACCUUUGUUGUAUAAUUUAAAUUUUCAACCUGUUGUUUUUGUACUUGCUGCAUUACUUUUUGUCAUAUUGGCAAAAUAAUCUAGACCCCAAGUUUGUUGACAACUGAGCGUAAAUGAAUCAACCAUUUUCACUCGACUUACCAAAUUGAAUUCUUCACAUCUCGAAUUCCACUCGAAACUCGGCAGAAUUGAAAAACUUAACAAACGAGUCUAUUGUGUUGUCUUUUGUGUAAUAAAACACUUUUGUUCGAGUUAUUACCAAUGAGUUAUAACUUUACACUUUACAACUCCACCCAUUUAUUAUUUCUUUAUUUUCAAAUUUCCAACAUCGAAUUCUAGAGGACACUGAAAUAAGUUCAAAAGUUGGGCGAAUUACUUUCGUUUUUUGACCAGAACUUUGUAAUUUUAAAUCCUCCCAAGCUGUUUCCAAGCCACAUAAACAUUAAACUUGAAAAAAUUUCUAGCCUUGAUACAAAAAGCGAGUUUUCAGCAUAAUCUCUUCAUAAGUUAUCUCAUAGAUUUUCGAAUUCACAAAAAAAGUCUUAAUUUUCUGCUCAAAUAAUCAUGACCUCAACUCUUUUGUGUUCAUUUUUGCCCUGUAUUGGUUCACGGGUUUCUCUCUUGCUUACUUUGAUCCUGCUGACUUCGCUUCUCGGCUUUGCCGCCCAAGCUGAACAAGAUUACAGCUACUAUGCCAACUUCACGACCAGGCAGCAACUGGAACAGCUAUCGUCAAAAAGCACAGUCGGAAAAGCAAAGCACGGGUGGGAGUGGGUUCUGCCUUCCUCCCCUUCUGAUAGUCAACCUUACUGGAGGUCAUGUGACGUGGGGGUCAAAGGUCAUCACAGCGAGUUGAGCACUGGCUGGAUAUCCACCCUUUCAUCUCCAGGGGAGACGAUCAAGCCAAAACUCAGACUAGAGUACACGACUUGGUGCGAAAACCGAAGAGACCCGGAAUCGAAUUGCAACGGAAGGUACUUGAAAUUGAAAAUCGAGACGAAACAAUCUGUCAAUGACGAACCCAUAAUGAUCGAUUACGAAAUCCGAAUCUCACAACGUCAUCAGAUGGAAAAAGAAGAGGACUAUUUUCGGCCUCAAACCAGUGAAUUGCCUUCCUUAGAAGGAAGUUUUUUCCAGAUUACCAUCUACGACGAUGAUUUGUGUCUGAAAGUGGGGUCAAUUCAAAUAUUCGCGUAUGUCUGCAAAGAAGAGGUGGUCGACUUGGCGCUGUUUCGAAAAACAAUUGCGCCAUUCGAAAGGACAAACAUCGAUGUACUGGGCGAGUGUGUUCAAAAUGCACAAGACGAGCAGGUCAGGGCGGGGUCACUAACCUCUGGGUCUUCUAGAGUGUGCACUUCUUUUGGGUCGUGGCAAGAUACUUUCUCCCUCUGCAAGUGUCUUCCGGGCUUUGAACCCAACGAAGAGUUCACUCAAUGCAAUGCUUGUCCCGUGGAUCACUACAAGUCCACUUAUGACAACUCUCCCUGCGUGCAGUGCCCCCUCAACAGUGUCUCCGAGGGGGGACAGGCCGAGUGUGGCUGUAGAUCCAACUUCCACAAAGAGGACAAUGUGCCCCCCUCAGUCGGGUGUGCGACCACCCCCUCAGAGCCAAGGGACCUCAAAGCGCAAUCUAUCGGCUCGAGUUUUGCUCGUCUCUCGUGGCAGCGUCCUUGGGCCGACGGGGGCAGGUCGGACCUCAAGUACACAAUUCACUGUCAAGAGUGCUAUCCGCCUAGGGAAUACACGACUGUCAAAACUAACUUCACAAUUGCCAACUUAAUGCCUAAUACUCAGUACACAUUUAGAGUCUUCGCGCUCAAUUCAGUGUCGCCCUACUUUCAUGACAUCAGCUUCAAAGAGUUGAUGAUCGAAACAACGGAAGAAGUGUUCCCGACUAACUUGCGUAUUCUGGCGUCCCUCACGGAUUCGAACUCGAUAGCUCUCUCUUGGGAUCCCCCCUCUGACUUCUCGGGACAGUCCUACUGUGUGGAGAUGAACAGUGUCGGGAACCCCCGACAGUCUGUGAUGACUCACUGUGUGAAUGGCACCAAAUUCUUCCGAUCAGGAAUUGAGGAGGGUCAUUAUACAUUUCGAGUCGCGGCACAGUAUCCCGACGGAACCAAGGGAUCUUUUAGCCCCUCUGUUUCGGGCCAAGUAACUGGACACUUGCAGAUUGCGAAACUGGACAUGAAGCAACUAGUGGCCGUCAUGGCCAUCGUGGCCACCAUUAGUGUCCUCAUUCUCAUUUUAUGUCUGGGUAUGGCCUGUUUGUAUAGAAAACAUCAUGUUGGUGCUUCUUUCAUGGAACAACAGAGCCAUUUCGUACAGUGCAAUUCGCUCAGUCCGAACGCUCAAAUAAAUUAUCCGUAUGGGACGCUUUCGGGUAAAAUUCCAAUCGGACAAGCGUUUGUCGAGCCCAAUUUUUACGGAGAGCCGGAACUGAUGUUUGCUGAAUUUGUAAAAGAAAUUCCUGAAAAUUGGAUUGCUGUUGAAUCUCAAAUCGCAGCUCUGGGAGAUGAGAGUCUGUGGUGUGGAAAAUUCUGCGUGCCGAACCAACAGCCUGUGGAUGUUUCGCUCAAAACAAUUACUCACGAAUUUUCAGCCGCUGGAGGUUUUUCACAACACAAAAUUGCAGUUGAAGCUUCUACAAUGGCGCAAUUCAAUCAUCCACAUGUUUUAUUGCUUCAUGGAAUGGUUUUCUCUCCAACUGAGUGGACGAUGGUGACUGAAUGUCCUCAAAGAGUGACCUUGGAAAAAGUGCUGCAAACUCCGACUUCAAACUUCUCGCCCUUACACGUGGUCCACAUUUUGCGAGGAAUAUCAGCUGGAAUGCGAUACUUGUCCGACAUGGGAUAUGUUCACAAGGUGCUGACCAGUCGCACAGUGUAUAUGGGGGACCACCUGGUGUUCAAGAUCGGAGGUUUCGACCUCAGGGCUCUUCUGGAGGAAGAGAACACUACCAACAGCAAAGCACCCCUAGUCUCAUCGGAGAUCCACAACUUCCUCAUUCCCUGGUAUGCACCGGAAGUGAUCCAGUCGAGGAAGUACUCUUCGGCCAGCGACGUCUGGGCGUUCGGAGUGCUAGUCUGGCAGGCACUCUCGUUCGGAGACCUCCCCUUCGGAUCUUGCCCGGCGGAAGAGAUAGCCGAGUUGGUGUCGAAAGGGCAGAAGUUGAGUGCCCCCAAAGGCUGUCCCCAGAUCCUGUCCACCCUCAUCGCCGACUGCUGGAAGUUCUCGCGUGGCACCAGACCCCCCUUCUCCCUAAUCCAGACUACUUUGGAAAACAUCAUCCGUCAGCCGUACUCCAUAGACUACCAGCACAACUCAAACUCCAGUGCGAAUUCCGCGAACGAUGAGACUCCUCAUUCUGAAAAUGGCGACUCCUCAAUCAAGUUAAAAACUUUUGAGCACGUCGGAACAAUCGCUCGAACUCCAAACUCUUCCGUCUCAAUUUGCGAUUUCCUCAAAAAGAUCGGCCUAUCACAGUACGAUGACCUAUUCAAGAGACAUGGCUACUUAUACGUUCACGAAGUUCAAGCAAUUGACGAAGAAAAUUUGGUGCAAAUUGGUUUGAACAACCAAAAACAUCAGAAAAAAAUUCUGGCAAGCUUGAACCCCAACUUCAGUCCAAAACACACUAUUGAUUCUUCAAAUUAUACUCAAAAUUAUAGCGUAGCUUAAACUGUUGCAGUAGUUUGUAUGUCACGUGAAACUUCUUAAUAAAUUAUUAAUUUCGAAGAUAAA